UAUACACAAAGACCGGGGAGUGAACCGGAAUUAUGAUGAAGAACAAAACCCUAGUUGCUGAGCUCUCUAUAUAAAUUCCUAAAAGCCCUACUUGCAGAGUUCGUUUCACCUUCAGCUGUUCAAAAUGUCGAAGCGAGGACGUGGAGGAUCAGCGGGUAACAAGUUCAGGAUGUCACUGGGUCUGCCAGUUGCGGCGACCGUCAACUGCGCCGAUAACACUGGUGCUAAGAACCUCUACAUCAUUUCGGUGAAGGGAAUCAAGGGUCGCUUGAACCGCUUGCCCUCUGCUUGUGUUGGGGAUAUGGUCAUGGCUACUGUCAAGAAAGGAAAGCCUGAUCUGAGGAAGAAGGUCAUGCCCGCUGUCAUUGUCAGGCAGCGCAAGCCAUGGCGCAGAAAGGACGGAGUCUACAUGUACUUCGAAGAUAAUGCUGGAGUUAUUGUGAAUCCUAAAGGCGAAAUGAAAGGAUCUGCUAUAACUGGUCCAAUUGGGAAGGAAUGUGCUGAUCUGUGGCCAAGGAUUGCAAGUGCAGCAAAUGCCAUAGUAUAAGAAUUAUAAUCACUCCUGCCUUUUGUUCUUGUGUUGGGAGCGACUUGCCUGUUCUGUUAGGGGUUGAUGUAGGGUGCUUUUUUUGUUGAAUUUUUUUUUAAAAUUUAAUUUUUGUCGAUUCUGCAUGUGGUUAUUAACUACAUGGAAUUUAAGCAGCAAUUCUGAUGGUCUAGAUUUUUAUGAA